UCCAGCCCCUUAAUCAGGUGAACCAUAUAGCACCUGUGGCAACAUGGCUCCCUUUCGGUCUGGUUUGCCUGCUGGUUGCCACAUGCUCCUUGUACUGAGUGUCUGUUGUCCCAUUGGUCCUUUGCUUGAGGUGUCUUUGGUAGCCGUCUUCUUUGUGUCAUUGUUAUAGUGAAGCCAGUUAAAGGCCAUUUGUCAGCUGCUGUUUUUGCGUUUUAUUGAUUAUUGCUGGCGCCCCUCUGCUGGCACCCCUCACUUCCCCCUCCCAUUUUGCUAAUAUUAAAUCACCUUGGACUGGAAGUGUUUUUUUUAAGAUAAAAUAAACAAAUUAUAUUGUAAUAAACUUUAAUACAUCUCCCUAAACUGACUAAUGUACCUCCUUACCGCAAUAACUUGCCUCCUUGAUUCAGUUGUUGAACCUGAUUUGCCUUUUCAUUUAUUAAGGUGUUUGUAUAUUUCCUGGUGUGAAAUUCCCCAGGUGGCGUUGUCAGAUCAGUUCAAUUUUUGUUUAUUCAUCAUCAUACGGCAAACCCUGAGUGCCACACCACCUCCACCUUGCCACAAUUUCAGAGUUUUUUUUUUUAUGUUGACAACUGUCAAAGUGUAUCUGACGUUUAAAAACAACUUUCCCUCAAACACGCUCAAUGAGGAAUGGAAUCUUGGAGUAAGGUGUCCUGCACUUUGACACCUUAAAGUGCUUAUCAUCCCACCAACAGCUUACCUGUGAUGUGGAUCUGCUGGUCUGCAAGCAUCAGGGUCCGUCCUGCUGUACCCGGAAGAUGGAGGAGAGCUACCAGUUUGCUGUAAAAAAAGAAACCCAACACAACAUUCACUCCUACAGCUAUGAGCUCGAGCACCUCCUCUCUGGCCACUCGGAUGCCUUCCAGGACAUGUUCCAGUACCUUCUCUCCUUCUCCCAGGGCCACCUGAGCUCUCUGUUAGAAGGAACAUAUUCAUCCCUGUCUCGCCAUGCCCUGCCCCAUGUCAACCAACUCUUCUCCUCUCUCUCCCACUACCUCCGUGGGGCCAACGUCUCUGUUGAUGCAGCAGUUCAUCAGUUUUUUAACAACCUCUUCCCACUGGUCUACACCCGGCUCAUCAAUCCCGGCAUCGAUGGAAGCAUGACAACAGCCAAUGAAAUGAGCGACUGUCUCCGCAUGACCAGACAGGACGUCAACCCAUUUGGGCCUCAUCCAGCCGUCAUGGCCCAAGCACUGGCUGGGGCACUGGGAGCUGGGCGACACCUGGGUCUGGCCCUGGAGGAGGGUCUUGGGGUGAUGAACGCUACAGAAUAUGUCAGCCUGAGCAAAGAGUGUGUGAGGGGCCUUGUAAAGAUGGUAUACUGCUCCCACUGCAGAGGACUGACACUGAUCAAGCCCUGCGUGGGCUACUGUCUGAAUGUAAUGCGAGGUUGCCUGGCCAGUGUGUCUGAGCUGGAUCAGCCUUGGAGGAGGUAUUCCACCUUGUUGGAGCAACUAACUCAUGCCAUGGCUGGACACCACAGCCUUGAACUUGCCCUGCUCGGGGUCAGGGGCUAUGUUAAUGAGGCCUUGCUGUAUGCACAGCUUCAUGGUCCACUCAUCACAGCAACGGUGGACAAGGUGUGUGGCCUGUCUACUGGGGAACCCACAGGCAUGCAGCCUACAGGCCCAGAGGUCACAACCUCCACUGUGACCUCAUCUCCUCCUCAUCCAUCUGCUGCCCCCUCCCAACCUCUACCAGAGCAGUGGCUGGGCCAGUUAGCCCACUUAAGGAGCUCGUUCCCUUUGAAACCCUCCAAGAACAAUAAACAUAGUCUGAGAACACUCUCUAGGGAGUUUUUGAUGUACCUGCAGCGCUACAAGUCGUUCUUCGCUGCUUUGCCAGAGAUGCUGUGUGAAGGGGAGAACGUAGUGGAUGAGUCCACAUGCUGGAGCGGAGAAGAUGUGGUGGAGAGCUAUACAGGCAGAGUUGUUGGGAACGGUCUGCACGCCCAGAGGCAAAACCCAGAGGUCAAAGUUCGCACCCCCAACCCUUCACUAGCCGAGGUCAAGGAGAGGUUGGAGCGCUUCAACCAGGAGACCGAGGAAAAGUUUCCCAAACUGGGCCAGAUGGAGACAUGGGAUGAGCUGGGCAGUGGGGAGACGGAGGAGGGCAGCACCACAGACUGUGAUGAUGAAGAUGGAUGUCAAGCCUCGGGAGACGGUCAUGGCCAGACCUCUCACACAGAAGUCUCCAGUGUUGGAAAGCCUAUUGGAAGACAUCCUGGAGGUCACAGCCAACACGAGAACCCGUCUAAGCCCCCCUCAGUGAGGGUGAUAGGUGGCUCGCUGUCUGUCACCUGGGCACGACCCUGGAGUCUCGCACUGCUCCUUGCAGCACUUUGCGUGCAGUGGACCCUGUUCUGAAACCAGCUGCCUCUAGGAACCACCCACCCAAAAUAGCCCCUUUAGGAGCCACAUACAUAAACACAGACACUGAUAUCAUACACAAAUCAUUUAUAGUAUUCCUGCUCCUGUCCUCAUUGUACACGGGUGGAUUGUGGAGAUGGCAAAAAAUAAAGGAUAAAAAAACAGAAUGUGGGAGAGAAGAGGACAACGCUGUGGGAGACUGUAGAUGGGGGCUCUUGCAGGAACUCUUUGUCCUGCAGCAUCACCAGUGUAGGUGUUUGCACAAGCUAAUCCCAUGCACGCUCAUCUACAAAGAUAAGGCCCGCUGCAUCUUUUAGGCUAUAUGGGGGCUAGACGUUUGCGCGAAGUGAACAGGACUGCUGCAUUUUGAUUUCACUUAAAAAUGCCUGCACUUAUACAGACAUGUUUUACACAAACAGUAUACAGUGGUCUCUUUUUUCUGCUGCUGGUUUUUACUUAAACUUUCAGGCUGAGAGCUUCAGCACAGCUAAUGCAACAUUUGCCAGCCAGCCAGAAGAAUUCAGCUCAUUUGAAAACUUAACUCAUUUUCUUUUGGAGGAUUACGGUAUGCAUGAUAGAUUGAUAGAUCAAGCCCAGGUGCCUGGCCCAGAACAGCAGAUUUGAUACACUCUAAUGACUGUGUACCUUGGCAGGGAUUAGAAUGUAAUGAGUUCACAGGUAGAGCACAGGCACACUUGCACGGCUGAACACAUUGUGCAGACAACCUAGGUGUGUAUAGUAUGUAACUGUAUAUAGGUGGAAAGAUUUGAUGGAGUGUGUGAGGUUCUGAAUCAACAAUAAGCUCUUAACUGAUUGAGCAGAAUGAGUUUUUCUUUUUUUUUUCCCCCCCUGAGCUAUGAAUGGACUGUUCUCGUCUACUCGAGUUUUCAUACAGAACAAUGCAAAAAAAACAAAAAACCUUUAGUGGUUAUAUUUCUUGAAUACAUAAAGCUGGAAUGCACAUCAUCCAAUUAAAGCCUAUGACAUAAACAUACAUUUUGGACAUUUAGACAAAUCUGUAAAUUCUUUAUUUUACUAAUGUUUAUUGUGCAUCCAGUUUUGUGUGUUUGCUCGUUGAAUUGCACAUUAAUGCAUGGAUUACCAACCAAGUUACCAGGAUUGUUUUGGUGGGAUGAGGCCCUUCUAAGAUGCAUCAGAAACUCAUGUAUCGCUAUUUGCAAUUCCACCUCAAAAUGUAUUUUGGAACAUGGAAACAAGAGGAGGGUUGGGCAGCUUUAUUCAACACAUGCAGAUUCAAAUUAACUCAAGAAAGAACUGUAGGUUUUUUACGACAUUGUGUGCCUCUAUUGUCUUAUCAAGUACAGUAGUAGCCAUUGUGUGAGUCCCCCAUAUAUUUAGCUAAAUAAGCUCUCAAGGGUCUGCACCCACUCUUAAGCAGACCAUUCCAGUGGAAUAAAAGCAGAUCCAUCUGUUUGCCUUAUUCCUAAUGGCUUUUAUACCAACUUCUGUCUUUCCUUAUGUCGAUGUACAGUAAAGUACCUGUGUGAAUGGAAAUGAAAGCAUGGUAAAUGCAAAUACAGUAUUACACCUGAUCAUGCUACACAAAUACAGUAUGUAAGCUAAAUUGGUCUUUACUCUUAAAUGGGUCUAUGAGCAGUGAAAUACCUCUUCCAUUAACUCACCUUUGUUUUAGACAAUUCCUCCUCUGCUGACUGAACAUUGACCCCACUUUAAAGUGGAAGAAGGAUUACCUGCUUAACUGCCUGCAAAUAAAUACAAUAAUACAUAUUUUCAACAGUAAAAACAAAUCAUAGAAAUGACUACAGUUAUGUAAGGUUAUGGACAGUUUAAAGGUCAAAUCCUGUGUUCUGUAACCAUAUUUGUGUUUUCUCCAUGGAUGUUUUGUUCCUGACUGUUCAUUGCACCCAUAGAUCACUUACAGCCCUUUGCCCUUGCAUGUGUAUAAAUGUACAUAUUUUAAGUCACUUGUCAUUUGGUUUGUGUCUCAUUUCCUCUCUUCUGUAUCAGUAUGGUACAGUGUAGCUGGGCUCUAUUAAAGGUGCUCUGCUUUUUU